CUCAAUUCAUCCGAAGAUGUGUGCAAGUUAGUGCCAUUUUGGCCAACAUAGCAAGGGGAUCGAACAGGUGAUGCAGCAAAGAUGCUCUCGUCCUUUCGCCGGUCAUCGUUGUCACCUGCAAGCCCCACCAAUCCAGAGAGCCCUGCCCAAGGCACUGGCUCAAUGUUCGCUUCGUUGCGCCGAGCGUCCUUGACACUGACCUCCACUUUUCGGAGAGGUAGUUCGGUGGAGAUCCUGCCUCCAGUUGAAAAGCGAAGAUCUACACGGUCUGUGCGAUUGAAGGGAUCUCCCACGCGCGCCUCCAUCCGCCCCUCCAUCAAAAGAGCUGAUACCGUUCUGAUGGAGCCUCACACGGAGCAUGCUAGCUUGGUGCUGCAGCAGUCGGUGUACCGUCGCACAGACCGUUUCAAGAACUUGAGCAGCACCUGGCUCGCCGGGGGGGAGAAGGGUGCACUUCCCGAGGAGUCGUCUGACGAAGAACUCAUGGAACAGUCCAAACACAAGCGGAAGAAGGGAAAGGCGGAAGUUAGCGAGACAGAAAUUGCAGACUUUAUUACAGGGCUCCGUCGCAAUAUGAAGAAGCCAGAGACACAGGCCAUGGCGUGUGAAGAACUGAGUCAACGCUUGGCCGGGCGGAAGCAGGAACAGAUCGAGAGCAUUGUCAUCGAAGAGGCGGCCACCACAGCCUUGGAAGCUGCACAGGAGCAUCCCGAUGACAUGCAGUUGCAUGGAGCAGUUUGUCCGCUUCUAGCAGAUCUUAUGACUUUCUCCAAAGCUGCAGGCGGCUAUCCCACUCCAGUAGCCGCAGCCGGAGCGGCUCUGACAUUGCAGGGCUACAUUCGCUUCCAUGACAAGUUGGAAGCCGAAGAUCAGCUUCUGAAGGUUGAGCAAGUAUUUAAGCGAAUUGCAAAGGAGUUGCCUGUGGAGGAUCAAUUGCACAUCAUGGACUCCGUGGGGGAUCCUCUGCCUUCUUUCUGUGCCAAAAUGUACAAGAAAGCGGCUGGCAAGAAGUUUCAGCAGGAGGAAGUCGUUCGAAGACACCGGCUGAGAAACACUGCUUUCGGUCAUUUGGCAUGGCUUCGUGGCCACAAGCUUGGAUCCAACUUGAUGCCAUCUUGGCAGGUCCAGAAACUGGCAGUGGAGGAAAGGAAAAAGAACUUCGUUGACAAAGGCCUACCGCAAGUUGGUGGUGACGUUUGGUAUAAAGUCUGGGUUCCGAACAGCCAGAAGGAAUGGUGCUACAAAGGGAGCUUCGUGAAUGAGGUCCGUUUUUUAGCCGAAAGUCAGAAGAUGGACUUCUUUUGGGUCAGCAUGGAUGGAGCUCGGAAGAUCUUCAAACAAAACCCGGCCUUUGAGGAGGCAUUGAUGUACCACCUAGUAGCUGUGUCCACUGAUGAUAAGAGAUACCUUUGGAGCUUUUCUUUCGUGCAGUUCCUGACUAUUCUGAUGGAGAACACCGACUACCCCUAUGGCCAGGCACAUCUGUCCCCCGACGAUUUCCGGGCGAAAUAUCCCAAGGCGAAGUUCCCAGUGCCAGGACAUUAUCCCACAAAGCCCAAGAGUCAGGCAAUGACGAUUCCGGUACCGGUCAUUGUCUCGAGAAAUCUCCGACCCACGCCAACACUCUUUCGGCAUGCAACUCUAGCUGCUGGCGACAGGGAUCCACCAGCACCGCCGCCUCUGCCGGACAGGCUUCCGUGCCCCAUUCCCUAUGAGAUCACAGAGCCUUGGAUGUGCAUUUUCGCAUCUGAGCUUCAAAAGCGAGACCUGGGGACAUUGCUUGAAGUGCAGCGGAGUGAGCUGGCAGCAAGCCGAGCAGCUGCGUUCAAAGAUGCGGAUGCUGAGACAGAGGCCGAGCAACCCGAGGAGGAGGAAUUGGAACAAGAUGAGGAAGUUGACCCAGCUGAGGAUGAAAUACGCCAAAGACGAAUUCAGCGCAAGACGCGCGAGGAAGCUCAGGAAGAUCCAGAUGCGAACGACGACCGCGAAGGUGAUGAAGAACAGGAAAUAGAUCUAGAAAACGAGAGGGAAGAUGGAGAAUUCGAUGAUGGAGAGGAAUUCGGGGAGGAAGAAAUAGAGGAGCCCGCUGAAGGCGGACAGCGUGAGGAAGGGUCGAAGAUCGAAAGCGAGUUUGGCGAUGACAACAGAGAUCCACCAGCCCGCCAGGUCAGCGAAAGGCGCUCUGCCCGGUCUCUUUCCUUCGGAGAAGAUGCUGAACCGCGCCGGGCAUCACGUCGCCAAUCCAAAGAUUGAAGGUAGCAGCAGGUUUGGUUGGACAGUGGCAGCAUCAUGGCGUUGCGCGCAGUGUUUCACAAAA